UGUUAUGUACGUCUUUCUGUUUCCUUUAAGUUUGGCGUUGAAGCUGGCUUAACAUCAAAGGCUGAACCCAGAAAUCUGAAAACAGUAGAUAAGAAAAACUACAAGCCUUCUGCAAAAGAAAUUAAAUGGUAUACCACCAGCGCAGGAAAGGCGAAAAGCCUACCGAGGAUGAAGAUGAGGAGGGUCAGAGUCUUGCAAUGGAGUGUGCGAGCUCUGGUUACUACAAAAGAUCAAGGCCCAAGCUUCUCACCUUUCUCUUCAUCUCUCUUCUCUCUUGUGGCUUCAUAUUAGUCCCUCAUCUGAUAUUUUCCUCUGUCACCACUUUCUCUCUUUCACAAUCACCGCAAGUAGAAAACGAAGGCCCUAUUACUGCUGCUGCUGUUAUAGACCCAAAGGCUCCCUUCUAUUCUUCAGUCAAUAAUGGAGCUAUAUGUUGUGAUAGAAGCAGUAUCCGUUCAGAUGUUUGUACCAUGAAAGGGGAUGUAAGAACACACUCGCCUUCCUCUUCUAUCUUCGUCUACGAAUCGCAAGACGAAGCAGUGAAGAAUGAGGAGGAUCUCCAACACGAAAAGAUCAGACCAUACACCAGAAAAUGGGAAACAAAUAUUAUGGACACCAUUGAUGAGUUGGAUCUCAUUGCAAAGAAAAACACUCUGAUCAUGAACCAUCAUAAAUGUGAUGUCCAACAUGAUGUUCCAGCAGUGUUUUUCUCAACCGGGGGCUACACCGGCAACGUCUACCAUGAAUUUAAUGAUGGGAUAAUGCCACUGUACAUUACUUCCCAACAUUUCAACAAGAAGGUUGUGUUCGUCAUUCUUGAAUUUCACAAUUGGUGGGUCAUGAAAUAUUCAGACAUUCUUUCCCAUCUCUCAGAUUAUCCCUUAAUAGAUUUCCGUACUGAUAAGAGAGUUCAUUGCUUCCCUGAAGCCAUUGUCGGUUUGAAAAUUCACGAUGAGCUGACUGUGGAUUCUUCAUUGAUGGAAAGGAAUGCGAGCAUAGUCGAGUUUCGAAAUCUCCUAGACAGAGCUUACCGGCCUCAGAUCAGAAGUCUAAUGUAUGAACAUGCAAAGCUUUCUGUUGUUCCCAAGUUGAAAAAACCAUCAAGAAUCAGGAGAAAAGUGCAAGAGCAUCCAUUUAAUAAGCCGAAGUUGGUUAUUAUAUCUCGAAAUGGAUCAAGGGCAAUAACAAAUGAGAAUUUUCUGGUGAAAAUGGCUGAGAAAGUCGGGUUUCAAGUCCAAGUUUUGAGGCCAGAUAGCCGGACAAUGUUAGCAGAGAUUUAUUGGGCUCUAAAUUCGAGUGACGUCAUGAUUGGGGUUCAUGGGGCUGCCAUGACACAUUUUCUGUUCAUGAAGCCUGGUUCUGUGUUCAUUCAAAUCAUUCCUCUCGGAACUGAAUGGGCAGCAGAGGCAUAUUAUGGAGAACCUGCAAAGAAGCUUGGGUUGAAGUACAUUGGAUACCAAAUCCUUACGAAAGAGAGCUCAUUAUAUGACAAGUAUGAUAAGGAUGAUCCUGUUCUUAAAGAUCCAAGGAGUGUAACCAGAAAGGGAUGGCAAUACACAAAGAUGAUCUAUCUUGAGGAUCAGACAGUAAGACUACACCUCCCAAGAUUUCGGAAGCAGUUGGUUGGCGCUUUUGAUUACACCAUUGAUAGAUUGAAUCAGCAGGGUCCUAAUAUUCAGUCACAUUGAUGUCAUUGAUAUCAUAUGGUAUUUUCUUUCCUUGCAUCACUAGACGUUGUAGAUGGCACAAAGUGAACUAGGAAGAGUUGUAUGUAUAAAGUCAACAAAUUGAUGAACAAUAUAUACAAGACCCUGUAAAAUAUAAAAGGAUUAGAAAAUGAUUUCUCUGC